AUGACCAACGAUCCUCUGUCUAACAUUCUCCCGGCACUUGCUAUCAACUCGGCUUUCGUUAACUCAACAGAGACGAGGAAUGAAUCCUCACCUCCAUGGAGGGCAGACGCCAGCUGCCCUGUAGAGAAUAUCACACGCGAUGUUAAUGUGUUACCGUACCCUUGCUGCGGUUCGCAUGGGCACAAUACGCCGAACGGCAUUCCAAGAUCCGAUACAGCCGCGUACGAAUGUGCCAGGAUUGCUCAGAAGUACGACGAAGGAGCCUGCAAAGACUGGAAAGAAGAAAUCGACACUCUAUUAGUAUUCGCCGGUCUAUUCUCUGCAGUUGCUACUGCAUUUCUAAUCGAUUCCUACAAGUGGCUACUAAACAAUACUGCCAGCACGAACUCGGAUACAACGUCCUUACCCACUCAGGUCGAGAAAAGAAUUAAUGUUUAUUGGUUCUUAAGUCUCGUCCUUGCGCUUUCCUCAGCAUCUACCGGCAUGUUAUGCAAACAAUGGCUUCGGGAGUACAUUAGAGAUGCAGGUCGUAGCUCAAAGGAUGCACUCUGUGUACGACAAAUGCGACUGGAAGGAUUAUCGGCGUGGAAAGUGGAUGGAAUCAUCUCGACUAUUCCCCUUCUUCUCCAGGUCGCUCUUGUACUAUUCUUCAUCGGUAUGCUGGAGCUUCUAUGGCCUCUGGAGAAGACCGUGGCGAUUCCGUUCACUGUUAUCACUGCAGUCAUGAUUGCCUUCAUCCUCUUCACCACUCUGGCUCCCUCCACACAAUACUGCUCAGUGGUUUUACGCCGCUCUCUUGCUCCUUUACCCCCGCAAUGUCCAUAUAAAUCCCCACAGGCUUGGUUCCUCGUCAGCAUAUUCAACCGAAUUUUCUGCUGGUUGACCUCUGUUCGACGGAAAAUAUUUCAUCGUCACAGUACAUUUUCACGCGUUGACCUGCUUGGACCAAAACUGGCCAAGCACUGUUCUUCGUGGUCGAAAUACGACCUAUAUUGGGUGAAAGACAAUGCUGAUACAGAUGCAUCAGUCAUAGCCGGGCCGACAGUUGAACAUUAUCUUGGCCGUAGCAUUUCUUGGUUAAUGCGUCAUUUCGAUUCCCCAAAUUUGCAGACCUCGUUAUAUCAUCUCUUUUGGAACUCGAUCCAAAAUUAUGAUCAGCGCACCCACGUCUUUCUUGCGUUAGCAAAGAAUCAUAUUCCAGAGCUUUUUCGUGGGAGAAAUAUUCGCACCAAGAGUAGUAACCUUGAACUAAUCGCUUCCCUAGCCGAGGAAAAGAGCGAUGAGGUGCUUUUCGAGGCUAUGGAAGAGCUCGAAGAUCGGUUUCGCGUAUCCACACUAGCCGACCAAGUUCUCCUUCGAGCUUAUCGCGAAUGGUCUGCAUGCUCAUGGGACACCCACUACAAAUCUCGAUGCAAUGCAGAUUUCUCGGCGGUAGCCUUGCUUUAUCUAUCGGGACAGGUUGGUCUCAGUGGCUUGCAGCACUGUCUACGGCUCAUCAAGUCGCAUCUUACACACCCUGAUGUCAACAAUUACAAUUUCGUUAUACCGCCUGGCGUCCAUGCCCCAUUCAACGCUCAUAUCAUUGCAGUGACAUCAGAUGUAGAGUGUUUACAUGCACCUGAAACGGGACUCGAAGGAGACCUAUGUGAUUGCGCCAAGUUACUUCUCAACAAGGAUUAUCUCCCUGUUACCCCAGAGGCGUUCGCUAUUAAAGGAAAGCUUCGAGAGCUACAAAGGAAUAGAACGGAUGGCACCUCAUCUGAGGCACCUGAUAAUCAACGAAACCCGAUAAAACCACUGCUGGUUGAAGCCCUUUGGAUGGCCAAAUGGGCAACAACGCAUAUCCCCGGGUUGUCCCCAGAUACCUUGCCAUAUCUUCCUCAGAUCCUGCAUUUUCUAUUAAAGAGGGCCUCUACCCUCCAAACUCGCAGCCAAUAUGUUUGUACGCUCAUGACGGAUAUGGACAGAUACUUGAAGGAACUUCACUCCUCGAAGAUGCCUGUUAUGGUGCGACGAGACCAUAUUCGGGCAUUUAUAAACCUCGCAAUCCAAGAGUUCCAUGAACAUCUGAUCACUGAAUCCGCUAAUGCUCACCAUCUCGAUUUACAUUCAUAUCCAGAGAUCCUGGCUUUCAUACAGCAUCUACGCAAUUUAGCUGCAUUGUUGAACGUGCCCGAGGAACGUGCCCAAUGGCGGAAUAUUCUAAAACAAUGCGGCUUAGAGGAUUCACCUUCUGAUUCCGUUCUCUUGGAAGAAGUCGCGUCAAUUCCAUUGCCUCCCGAGGAUCUUGAGACUAACGUAGAUCCAUCGGCACUUGCUGCACAGCUUUGUAUUCACGGCGUAAACAUCCCACACCUACUUGGCGAAUUUCAACUGAACACAGCUGUUGAAAAUAUGGCCUCUGAGGACUCACAGCCCGGUUCUCGACGAGGAUUGAAUCGAAGCUUCCGUCACGUUCUCCGUCGUAGAAAUAGAGAGAACGAUGUCGAAAAUGGUACUGGGGUAGACUCCAUUGGCCUCGAGGCCAUUCCUAAUGCGACGGUGGCUCCAGUUGAUCAAAGCGGGUAG